GGAGAAGACAGAAUUUUCUUUAUAUUUGAGUCUCCUGCUCAAGUUGAGAAACAGCACAGCAAUAGUUGCUGCACAUCAGAAGUGGAAACACAGAGUUUGUGAACAGGGAAAAUGAAGUGUUUUUUCCAUUUUUGUGUUUUGUUUCUCUUUUUCAUGAUGAACCAUUUCAGUGGUAAGUGUUAAACGUCCAAUUUGUAACUUUUUGGGACGAAAUGCAACAAGCGAUCUAGCACCUCAACCAACUGAAAAAACACCUCAGUUUUAUUUAAUCUGCUCUGGUGAAUAUCUCUUGUGGUUUAUUAUUGUCCUGCAAGAAAGGCUUCCUUUUCUUUAUAAAACAUAAACCAUGGACUACUAUGGGGAUGUUGCAUCAACCAUGAUGCAUUUCAAAUUAAUUUAUCCAUUAUUAAUAACAUGUUUUCAGUGUCACUAGUGCUAGAUAAAAUUGUACAUUUAUCCAAGAGUUCCGUGCAACAGCAAACCAUAAUAUUUGAGGAGGAAAUGGAGUCCCCUCACAUUUCUAGAGUCCCAAGAGAGAACCCAAGUUUCCUUCAACUGAAUCACUUCUUUGUGAGAGCUGCACUUGGCAAUGCUAAAGCUCUUCCUCUGUCUCUCUCCUCAGGUGCUAGAUACAUUCCUGAAGGAGUUCCUUAUGAUGAGCCCCCUGCAGUUCCAUACUGGCCCUACUCCACAACUGAUUUUUGGAGAUACGUGGAGUACUUCCGCAGCAUUGGUGCCUAUAAUCACAUCAAUGAAAUGGCUCGGGCAUUUUAUGCCCAUCAACACCUUGGAGACACCUUAGGCUAUGGGGUGCCAGAACUGCCAGAGUAGAGACAUUAUGCAUGGGCAGACAUAAUUUGGUCAACAAGGUUCAAGAGGUGCAACUGAUAUAUGCAGGCAUAAAGUCUAAAUGGUUUUAUUGUCAUAUAUGAAUAUGUCAUCAACUAUUUUAUCAAGUGUAUACAAAAUAUGUUAGUAAAUAUAUUAUUCUACUUAAGGAACUUCUCUACCACCAUAAUUAUGGUGGCAUAUGUAAAUCUGUACUUGUUGUCAGAUCAUUG